CCGAAAAUUAUGUGUGCCUUCGCUAAUCGCACACAUUCACCCAUCUUUUCAGUUGUCGGCGGUUUUGUUGUCUGUUGUCGCUCUCUUGCUUCUCCUCUGCUCACGGACGGUUGCUUUGUGUGUGCGUGUGUGUCUGUCUUCGUCUUUGGCAUUGCCUUACCUUCCUCCUUUGGCCCCAGCACGCAUCGCUGAUCCCCCAGUGGACGCGAGUGAACGACCAUGUCGCGCGGUUCAUCGGCCGGUUAUGACAGGCACUUGACCGUCUUCUCUCCCGAGGGACGGCUGUACCAAGUCGAGUAUGCAUUCAAGGCCAUCAACACGGCCAAGAACACAAGCCUUGCCAUUCGUGGGCAGGACUGCUGUGUCGCCAUCACCCAGAAGAAGGUCCCCGACAAACUGCUCGUCCCAGACACCAUCACACACAUGUUCAAAAUCACCCAGAACGUCGGCUGCGUCAUGACGGGCAUGAUUGCCGAUGCGCGAUCACAAGUGCGUCGUGCGCGGUACGAAGCCGCAGAGUUCAAGUACCGCUUCGGCUACGACAUGCCCAUCGACCAAGUGGCCAAGCGGGUGGCAGACCUGUCACAGAUCAACACACAGGAGGCCGGCCUUCGACCCCUGGGAUCAACGAUGAUCCUGAUUGGGGUUGAUGAUGAGCUUGGCCCACAGGUGUACAAGUGCGACCCUGCUGGCUUCUAUGCCGGAUACAAGGCCGUUGCUGCGGGGACGAAGAUGAUUGAGGCUCACAACCUCCUCGAGAAGCGCAUCAAGAAGAACCCAACACUCGACUACGACGGCACCGUCCAGGAGGCCAUCAGUGCGCUGAGCACGCUCAUGUCGAUGGACUUUAAGGCGUCUGAGAUUGAGGUUGCCAUUGUCACGAAGGAGAACCCAAAGUUCACCACCCUCUCUGAGGAGGAAAUUGACAGGCACCUGACUGCCAUUGCGGAGAGAGACUAAGCGUCCGCGCUCCUGUCACCUCGUUCUCCAAUCCACCACCACCAACCACGCCACGGCUGCACUGCUGUUGUUGCGUGUCGCCUUGCUUGUCGCGUUGUCGUUUCUUGUUGCCGUUUCUUGUUGUUGUGUUCUCUCCCUCCACUCACAUGCCCACCGUGUGCGUGGCCUUCAGUGAACAGUUGUGUUUCAUUCUUCAUUGCGUCAGCGCACAGCUAGCAAACACCAACAAACCAAACACACACAUAGACACACGUGACAAGAAACAGCAACGCAUCCA